AUGAAUUCGAAUCAUAUUAGAUGGAAGCCAAAAUCAGAGGAGGAAAGAUAAUCUCAGAGGUUGUAACAAAUAAAGACAGUUUAUUUGAUUGGGACAGAUGAAAAAAGUCUUGCUCCAAGAUUGACUGCUAAAUCUUGGAUUGUAGUAGAUUCAAAUUCUGGGGAUGUUUUAUAUGCUUACAACGAGAAUUAAAGAAGGGAGAUAGCUUCGAUCACAAAAAUAAUGACAUUCUAUGUUGUUUUGAGUAUGUGCAAGACUAUGAAUGUUUAAACUAAUAAUACAUAUGCUGAAGUUAGUUUAUAAGCAAGUUUAGUAGGAGGCACGACUGCUAAUUUGCUCAAAGGAGACAUACUAUCAAUAGAUGAUUUAUUUUAUGGAUUAAUGUUACCAUCAGGCAACGAUGCAGCUAUGACAUUUGCUGAAAAUUUUGGAAUUUAUGCUAUGUAUUAAAAUAAAAUUAAAGGAAAUAAUCCAAUCAUAUAUUUUAUUCAGGAAAUGAAUAACAAAGCAAGAGAAUUAAGAAUGACUCAAACUACUUAUGCAAAUCCACAUGGAUUAAACAAUAAAAAUAAUCUAUCUUCAGCAUAUGAUGUCGCAAAACUUUGCAAUUAAUUAUUAAAAGAUGAUUUCUUUAAAAAGGUUGUAAAUACAAAGAUUCAUUUCUGUACUAUUUAAGAUGAAGAAGGAUUUACAAGGGAUGUUAUGUGGGAAAACACAAACAAAUUGCUUUACUAAGGAUUUCGAGGAAUAAAAACUGGCAAUACUUCAGUAGCAGGUCCUUGUUUGGCAAGUUAUUAUCAGUCAAAUAACAGAUCAUUUACAAUAGUAAUUUUGGGUUGUCGAAAUUAGGAAGAUCGAUGGUCUGAAACUAUGCAACUAGUAUAAUGGUGUUUAUCUUAAAUUCAAUGA